AUGAUCGGGCUACUACUCGCGUGUUUUGGGGUUUUGAAGACUACCGAUUAUCCCACUGAACAGUCCAUCUCCCCUUAUAGUGAGAGAACCGGACCUGAACCGAGCAUGGUCUAUCCGCGUACACAGUCCGAUCUGGUCAUCUGCAAGGCUCCAGGAGCACAGAGGCAAUCGGUCACAGGAUUCAAUCGGGAUCGGGUUUUAACCCUGGGCAAUAACUAUGGUCUGCCGCAUAAACCAGCCGACGGAGUGCCGAAGGGAAAGGUCGAAAAGGUUCUGUCUAUCCACUACAAAGAAAAUCGUCUAGAUAGAGCAAACCUGCUGGUUGAGGUUCUGUCUGGAGGGAAGGUAACGACUGGAUGGUUCAGUUAUGAAAACAUUCGAAAUCAUGCUGGUACAAGGGAAGCGGUGGCAACAUUCAGGCCACAAUGGAUAUAG